CUGUGUUGGGGGAAGGGCAGUGAGAGCACAGCUGCUCCCGAAGUUCAAGAUGAAGCUGCUUCUUGAGUACCUAAGGAUAAAACUGGCCUGAAGGGAAAAUCUGUGGGAAACUGGGGACCUUGACUGAUCUUGCACCUGACCCCCUCAGCUGUCAGAUGCGGUGAUCUCCAUGGUAACUCAAACCCCCAGACUCUUGACAGCAGCCUGCGAGGAGCAGCAUUCAGCAGCUCAGGGGUCUCACGACCAGAGCGUGGAUCACACUUCUCGUAAACCUCAUAAUAUUGAGGUUGGGCUAAGAUGAGCAUAACCAGUGACGAAGUGAAUUUCUUGGUGUAUCGCUAUCUCCAGGAAUCGGGUUUCUCCCACUCGGCCUUUACCUUCGGUAUCGAGAGCCACAUCAGCCAGUCCAACAUCAACGGAACACUAGUGCCACCUGCCGCACUCAUCUCCAUCCUCCAGAAGGGGCUCCAGUAUGUGGAGGCCGAGAUCAGCAUCAACGAAGAUGGUACAGUAUUUGAUGGCAGGCCGAUAGAGUCCCUGUCUCUGAUAGACGCGGUGAUGCCUGAUGUUGUUCAGACCCGACAGCAAGCGUUCAGAGAGAAGCUAGCGCAGCAACAAGCCAGCGCCGCGGCAGCAGCGGCAGCCACGGCGGCCACAGCGGGAGCCACGACGACUGCUGUUUCGCAGCAGAACACACCAAAGAACGGAGAAGCCACUGUGAAUGGAGAGGAGAAUGGGGCACAUGCAAUAAAUAAUCAUUCAAAGCCAAUGGAAAUUGACGGGGAUGUUGAAAUUCCUCCUAACAAAGCAACAGUCCUUCGGGGCCAUGAAUCAGAAGUGUUCAUCUGUGCCUGGAACCCUGUCAGUGACCUGCUAGCAUCUGGAUCCGGAGAUUCAACGGCCAGGAUAUGGAAUCUCAAUGAAAACAGCAACAGCGGUUCCACUCAACUAGUUUUGAGACACUGCAUAAGAGAAGGAGGACAUGAUGUCCCCAGCAAUAAGGAUGUGACUUCAUUGGACUGGAAUAGUGAUGGAACACUAUUGGCUACAGGCUCAUAUGAUGGUUUUGCAAGAAUAUGGACAGAAGAUGGUAACCUUGCAAGCACCUUAGGUCAACAUAAAGGUCCAAUAUUUGCCCUGAAAUGGAACAAAAAGGGGAAUUAUAUUUUAAGUGCUGGUGUUGAUAAAACAACAAUAAUUUGGGAUGCCCACACGGGAGAAGCUAAACAGCAAUUUCCUUUCCAUUCAGCUCCUGCUCUGGAUGUAGACUGGCAAAACAACACUACUUUUGCCUCCUGCAGUACUGACAUGUGCAUCCAUGUAUGCAGACUUGGCUGUGAUCGUCCUGUUAAAACAUUUCAAGGACACACAAACGAGGUGAAUGCAAUCAAAUGGGACCCAUCUGGCAUGCUACUAGCGUCUUGCUCCGAUGACAUGACAUUAAAGAUAUGGAGUAUGAAGCAAGAUACCUGUGUACAUGAUCUUCAGGCUCACAGCAAAGAGAUUUACACUAUCAAAUGGAGCCCUACAGGACCAGGCACCAGCAACCCAAACUCCAACAUCAUGUUAGCAAGUGCUUCGUUUGAUUCCACGGUUCGGCUGUGGGACGUUGACCGAGGAGUCUGCAUCCAUACGUUAACAAAGCAUCAAGAGCCCGUCUACAGUGUAGCUUUUAGUCCUGAUGGAAAAUAUCUAGCCAGCGGGUCCUUUGACAAAUGUGUCCAUAUAUGGAAUACUCAGAGUGGAACUCUAGUACAUAGCUACAGAGGCACCGGGGGCAUCUUUGAAGUCUGCUGGAAUGCUAGAGGCGACAAAGUGGGAGCAAGCGCAUCAGACGGAUCGGUUUGUGUUCUAGAUCUGCGGAAGUAAACGUGAAAUGUUUUAGAAGAAAUUUCAAAUGGACCAGCAGUGAAUGUGUGGGGAGAAGCACUCUUCAAAACUAUUCUUAACAGCUCCAGAACUGUACAAACUUGAACAAAGUUAGAGUGUACCGUGAAACCGACUCUCCCUGGCCACAGGUGACUUGUAUUUUGUCCGUAACCUUCAUCAAGGAGUAAAAACAGUCACUUCAGAGGGGGAGGGAAUGGUUUCCACCUGGAACAUUGAGCCUUGGAAGCAUGAAGCCACCAGCUAGGCAUUGCACUGUUUGGUUUGCAUCUGAGAACUUGCUCUGAUGGCUGGGGAAAAAAAAAAAAAGCUGUGCCAAAAAAAUUAAUAAAAAGGAAAAAAAAAAAAAAAAAA